CGUAUUAAAGUCUGAGAAAUUAUUGGAGUAUUUAUUUGACACUCUUUUUCAGUUAAAAUUGAGUCAAUUUUAACUCUGAAAACAGAGUUAUUGCUUCUUCCUCUCUGCAAUCUGCCUAACUAAGCAUUUAUUGAAUUUCUCUUUAAUAAAACUAUACAAGAAGAAGAAAAACUCUACUUUUUUAGAUGGGAGAUUCUACGAAUUUUGCAGCAAAACAUCCUGUUUCUAUCAAUAUAACUGAAUCCAAGCUUUUUGACGACGAUGGGCGUAUCAAAAGAAGUGGAAGUGUUUGGACUGCAAGUGCUCAUAUCAUAACUGCUGUGAUUGGUUCAGGCGUUUUAUCUUUGGCUUGGGCUGUAGCUCAACUUGGUUGGAUUGCUGGUCCUAUUGUUAUGCUUUUAUUCUCUUUUGUUACUUAUUACACCUCUUCUCUGCUCUCCGAUUGUUACCGCUCCGGCGACCCACUUUUCGGCAAGAGAAACUAUACUUACAUGGAUGUUGUACAAGCAAAUCUCAGUGGCUUACAGGUAAAGAUUUGUGGAUGGAUUCAGUAUGUGAAUCUGUUUGGAGUUGCUAUUGGGUACACAAUUGCUUCUUCAAUUAGCCUGAUGGCUGUUAAAAGGUCAGAUUGUUUUCAUAAACAUGGUCAUAAAGCACCUUGUUUACAACCAAAUACUCCAUAUAUGAUCAUAUUUGGAGUAAUAGAAAUCAUCUUCUCACAAAUACCAGAUUUUGAUCAAAUUUGGUGGCUUUCAAUUGUUGCUGCUGUAAUGUCUUUCACUUACUCCACCAUCGGCUUAGGUUUAGGCAUUGCUCAUGUAGCAGAAACUGGAAAAAUUGGUGGGAGUUUAACUGGAGUGAGCAUUGGAACUGUGACUGAAAUGCAAAAAGUUUGGAGAACUUUUCAAGCACUUGGAGCUAUUGCUUUUGCUUAUUCUUACUCCCUCAUCCUUAUCGAGAUUCAGGAUACAAUCAAAUCCCCACCCUCAGAAGCCAAGACAAUGAAAAAUGCAACUAUAAUUAGUGUAUCAGUAACAACAGUUUUCUACAUGCUAUGUGGUUGUUUUGGCUAUGCAGCAUUUGGAGACCAUGCUCCUGACAAUUUACUAACUGGUUUUGGAUUUUACGACCCUUAUUGGCUACUAGAUAUAGCCAACAUAGCCAUCUUCGUUCAUCUUGUAGGUGCAUACCAGGUUUACUGCCAACCCCUUUUUGCUUUCAUUGAAAAAACAGCAGCAGAAUGGUACCCUAACAGUAAAAUCAUCACCAAGAAUAUUAGUGUGCCAAUCCCUGGCUUUAAAUCGUACAACAUUUACCUAUUCAGACUAGUUUGGAGGACGAUCUUUGUUAUCAUAUCCACUAUCAUCUCUAUGUUGUUGCCAUUCUUCAGCGACAUCGUUGGAAUACUUGGAGCAUUUGGAUUUUGGCCGUUGACUGUUUAUUAUCCAGUGGAAAUAUACAUUGUGCAAAAGAAGAUACCAAAAUGGAGUAGAAAAUGGUUUGGUCUUCAAAUUCUGAGUGUUACUUGUCUUAUUGUCUCAAUUGCUGCAGCUGUUGGUUCUUUUGCUGGUGUUGUAUCUGAUCUUAAAGUUUACAAGCCUUUCAAAUUUACUUAGUAAUAAUGAUUUUGGUUUUUAUUUUAGGAAAAGAGAGGCUUCAAUUGUUGUUGUUGAUGUGAAAUCUGAAAAUGUAGCCAAUUAUAUCUCC